UAUUAAUUUAUAGACUACUACACAGACCCUUCACCUCUCCAUUUCCGUGGGGGCGCCGUCCCGUUCCCUGUCCUCCUCAGAUCCCAUGUCCGCCCAGAAGCCACCACCGAGCCACGAGGCCUGCGGCGCGUACGCUAGCCCGGGCUCGACUCCGCCCGAGCCGCAGCGUGAGCAGGAGGAAGUGGCGGCACAGGGGAGGACGCCGCUGGAGAGGGCGGCGGACGCGACGGAGGAGCUGUACCAUCUCCGGGACACCUUCUUCCCCGGCGACCCCGCCGAGAAGGCCGCCGCGCUCCGCGCCCGCGCAGACGCCGCCCUCGUGCUACUCGACGCCCUCCCACCCGAGCAAAGGAAGUCUCCACAACAGCGUGGUGUUUAUGAAUUUUUUAGGGGAAAAAUACUGGAUGUCUUCCCUAAAUAUAAUAAGGAGGCUGAAGAUCAUUUAUCUAAAGCAGUAAAGCUGAAUCCAUCUCUUGUAGAUGCAUGGCUAUGUUUGGGUAAUUGCAUUUGGAAGAAGGGGGAUCUGGCUGCAGCAAAGAAUUGCUUUUCAUUAGCACUAAGCAAGGGUUCAGAUAAGAAAAUACUGUGCCAGCUCUCCAUGCUUGAAAGAAGUAUGGCUCAAGGUAGUGAAGACCAGGCACUGUUAGUGGAAGGGAGCAUUAAGCACGCAAAAGAAGCUGUAAUGCUGGACAUUAAAGAUGGCAAUUCAUGGUACAAUCUGGGUAAUGCUUAUCUCACUAGCUUCUUUGUGGGAGGAGCCUGGGAUCACACUAAGCUUCAUCAUUCGGUGAAAGCAUAUCAAAAUGCUGAGAAGGAUCAAACCAUGAAUUUGAAUCCAGAUCUCUACUAUAAUUGUGCCACAGCUGACAGAUACUUAGAGAAUUAUGAAAGGGCCCUUCAUGGAUUCGAAGCUGCGGCUAUAAAAGACCCUGGCCUUGGUGCUAAUACAGAAGUUCAGAAGAUCAUCAGUCUCCUUGAUAAGCUAGAGAACGCAAUGAAGGGACAAUUACGCUCCAAAAGAUUAGCAUCAUUGGUGUCAUCCUUGAGUGAUGUCAAUUUAAAAUCAUUGCACAAGAAAGCCACUGUAAGCAUUCUAUCAGAAGGUUUGAACAAAGCAGUUGUUGUUUUGGGGAAAGUUGUUCUUUUGAUAAGAUAUGAUAAUGUUGCUCCAUUGUAUUAUCUAACAUGUGACUUGGACCAGUGUUAUUUUAUACUGUCAGUUUAUGGGCUACGAAAUGAUGCAAUUAAAGAGGGUGAUCGGGUGGCAUUGUUCGAACCAUACUACAGAAUCCUGGAUACAUCAUGGAAAGAGAAGCACUAUCAGUUCAAAUCAAUACGAGUGGACUUUCCAGAACAAAUUCUUAUUAAUGAGAAAGCUCCAGCUCCUCACCAUGUUGUACGGGCUUCGAUCCAUGCACACAACAAACCGUGAAUUUCUUUUGUCAAAAAUGUCAAUAUUUGAUACCGAUUUGGUGUAUUAGACAUGUCAGCGUGCAAGUAGCGUGAACUGUUCGUGUCCCAAAUGGAGAAAAUUAAGCAUGAAAUGUGAUCAGUGUACGGUUUUGUUCCAAUCUGCUAGUGUUUAAGGUUGAAGUUGGUAGCCAAUAUUUUUGAUUGGUGUUUAUUUGACUUGCAGGAACCUUUUGACAUCUUGUUUUGCAUAGUUUGUGAUAUUAAUUAUGUGUAAUUUUUGUGUAAA